CUGGUAGUCAGAUAUGGGGUAAUCAGACCGGAGUUUGCUCUAUUUAUACCCACACCUCUAGACUUCUAGUCAGGUACAUAUUCAUUUGCUGAAGAUACAGUGUCCUCUAAUUGAAAAGAACAUUCAAAAUCUCAUUCCAACAAAAAAAAAAAAUGGAAACUGUAGUGGAAGUCCUUCGCAUGAACAAAGGAGCCGGCAAAACUAGCUAUGCCAUGAACUCCUCCGUCCAGAGGAAGGUAAUAUCAUCAACAAAACAAGCAGUAGAGAAAGCUAUUAAGGAAAUUCUAUGCUCACAAAGAGGGCCAAUAAUGAAGAUGGGAAUUGCUGACUUAGGUUGCUCAUCAGGGCCUAAUGCCUUAAUGGUAAUUUCAGAAAUAGUUGAAGCUAUAAAUGCAACCUCAAGCUUGUUGAAUCAUCCAGCACCAAAGGAACUAAUGUUUUAUAUGAAUGAUCUUUUCACCAAUGAUUUCAACAACAUUUUUGCUUCCUUGCCAUCUUUUCACAAAAAAAUUAGGCAAGAAAAGGAAAAUAAUCAAAGUAAAAAUAAUAAUUAUAAUAAUAAUAAUAAUAAUAUCAGGAAUUUUGGUUCUACUUGUUUUGUUUCUGCUGUUCCGGGCACUUUCUACGGUAGACUUUUCCCAACUAAAUCCAUCAACUUUUUUCACUCUUCUUCAAGCCUCACGUGGCUUUCUCGGGUUCCUAAUGGUUUGAAGGAUGAAAGUGAGAGGAGAUUGAACAAGGGAAAACUCUACAUAUCAAAGAGCACUCCCAAUUAUGUGAUGGAAGCUUAUUCACAACAAUUUCAAAAUGAUUUUUCAUGUUUCCUUGAGUCACGAUCUCUAGAGUUGAUAGAUGGGGGACGCAUGGUCCUAACUUUUAUGGGUAGAGAAUCCAUGGACCCAGCAGCACCCUAUGGUGGCUACCAUUGGGAACUUUUAGCACAAGCCCUUAUGACCAUGGUUUCAGAGGGUCUUGUUGAAGAAGAAAAAGUGGAUUCUUUUAACGCACCUUACUAUGCAUGUUGUUAUGAAGAAUUGAAAAUGGUGAUUGAAAAGGAAGGAUCAUUCUCGGUGGAUUCCUUUGAAACUUAUGAAAUUGAUUGGGAUGAAGGGAUUGAAUCAGAAAAAGGAGAAGGUUUUGCAAGGCUCAUAAGGGCUGGUUAUGAGUCCCUACUAGAAUAUCAUUUUGGGAGUCAUAUAUUGGACGACUUGUUUGGAAGGUAUGCUCAACUUGUGGACCACCAUUUCUCCAAAACUAAGCCUAAAUUUUUGGCUUUCAACAUUUCUCUAGUCAAGUGACAACACUAACAACAACAAUUAUAUAUGUUGAUAGUCUUGUGUUGGAUUCGGUAGAGCAGUAAGUGGGUGUGUGUAGUUUGGGAGCGACAACAAUAAUAACAUAUAUAUGUUGAUGGUCUUGUGUUGGGUUCAGUAGAGAAGUAAGUUGGUGUGUAGUUUGUACUUUUGUUGGUGUUUUUUUUUCCUGAGUUUCCGCUCCUUUUUGUUGGUGUAUUGGAGUGCUUUUGUGUAUUGGAGUGCUUUUGAUAUAACUUGAGCAUAGAGUUAUAUCAGACUAGUCUUAAAUGGUUUAGUUGUUGUAUAUUGUAUUAGCAAAGUGCUAGUAUGAAUGAAAGUGUACGUUGUAGUUAGUAGUGCUACCAAUCUAUCAAUCAAUCAAAGCAAAUUGAACGUAACA